ACCCCGCGGCGAGGGCGGCGCGCGCCGAGAGGCCUGGCCGGGCGCGGGGGCCCGGGCGGCGCGUGGCCGCCGCCGGGGAGCCUGAGGCCUGAGGCCCGGGCGGUGAGCGGCCGCGGCGUCGGCGGCGAGGCCUCCCGGAUGCGGGCUGGGGCUCCACGGAGCAGAGCGGAGGCUGGGCCCGGGCCGCGGGCGGGGUAAGGUCGACGGGCGCGCUCGCCCCGCGGGUGGAUGCGGCGGCGGCGGCGGCGAUGGACGCCCUAGAGGAAGAGAGCUUCGCGCUGUCGUUCUCUUCUGCCUCUGAUGCAGAAUUCGACGCUGUGGUUGGAUAUUUAGAGGACAUCAUCAUGGAUGACGAGUUCCAGUUACUACAGAGGAAUUUCAUGGACAAGUACUAUCAGGAGUUUGAAGACACGGAAGAGAAUAAACUCACCUACACGCCUAUUUUUAAUGAAUAUAUUUCUUUGGUAGAGAAGUAUAUUGAAGAACAGCUGCUGGAGCGGAUUCCUGGGUUUAACAUGGCGGCUUUCACAACAACUUUACAGCACCAUAAAGAUGAAGUGGCAGGCGACAUAUUUGACAUGCUGCUCACGUUUACAGAUUUCCUGGCUUUUAAAGAAAUGUUUCUGGACUACAGAGCAGAAAAAGAAGGUCGGGGACUGGACUUAAGCAGUGGUUUAGUGGUGACUUCAUUGUGCAAAUCAUCUUCUGUGCCAGCUUCCCAGAAUGACCUGCGGCCCUAGGUCCCACCACCCAGCAAUGGGAUCUUUCUGGACGUUGCCAGCCCAAUAGACUGGAAGAGGCUCUGACUAAUGUGACAAUACACGUUGGAAAGACUGA